AUGGAAACCGAAGUGACUGUGAGCGUUAAUCGCCAAUGUUUCUCCGCUGGCGACCGCAUCAUGUCCUGCGACCCGAUGGUGUGGAUGCUGGAGAGGAGCGCUUACAAAACGCACUGCGCUUACUGCCUGCAGACCAGCCCGGGACUGCGCACAUGCUCGGGAUGCCAACUGCAUCGCUACUGCAAUUCGGCCUGCCAGGUCGCUGACUGGAAAGUGGAACAUAAACUGGAAUGUGCCCUGCUCAAGGAGAUCGGCAGACAGGAUCCGAUUGAUGUGGCUGAAUUGAUGCGCGGACUACCGGGUUGUCCAACAUCAGCCCGCUUCUCCGUGCCCGCAGAUACCCUUUACGUCGUCUUUGAUCUGAUCCCGAAAGUGGCCAAUAAAAUUGAGAAGAACGCAACGAUGGACGUUCCGGGGAUGGGUCGGAAAUCUGUCCGAGACCUUCUGCUAUCGAUGCCGUCGAAUCCCGUGCAACCGGAUAUCGAACUGCUGAUACAACGCGAGUUGGCCGCUGGGGCAACCGAAGUUCCUCCUAUGGACUUCAUCACUUAUUGCGGAAUCCUCAGCCAUAAUAGUGUGAAAAUACACGAUUCGCUCAACCCCAGCGCACCCAUCGGCAGAGCGCUGUAUCCACAAGCACCACGAGGACGGAUGACGCCGGUGUGUUGGGAUGCCAAUGUGGCGCUAAAUUGCCGCGGACGACGGCUGGUUAUCCAUGCCAUGGAGGAUAUUCCGCGCUUUACUGGAUUACAAGAUUUUAAAUUAAGUUAUUGA